CGUUGUUGCCAACGUCCCCAACCAUGAAAAAACAAUCUUUAAUCUCUAAAGAAAGAAAAAAAGAAACCCAAUAAUCUAGAAUCCAAGAUCCUCACAAAUCUUUCAAUUCUUGCUUCUUCUUUGAAAAAUCUUUCAAAGUCAUGGCGGCUCUGGCACCGGGAAUUCUGUUGAAGCUCCUGAACGGGAUGAACACCGGGACGAAGGCGACGAGCGAGCACCGGAGCUCGCUCUUGCAGGUGACGGACAUCGUCCCGGCCGACCUCGACGAGAAGAAUCUAUGGCCGAAGCACGGCUUCUUCAUCAAGGUCUCCGACUCCUCCCACUCCAUUUACGUCAGUCUUCCUUCCGAGCAAGACGACUUCGUUCUCAGCAACAAAAUGCAGCUCGGCCAGUUCAUCUACGUCGACCGCCUCGAGCCGGGCUCUCCUCUCCCCGUCGUCAAAGGCGCGAAGCCGCUCCCCGGCCGGCAUCCCUUGGUGGGGACGCCGGAGCCGCUGAUGGGGCUGAGAGAGAGGGGGGAGAAAAUUGAGCAGAAAUCCACAAAGGUUUCAAGAAGGGGUUCUUGGGGAUUAGGGCCCAAUACUGGCGGCGGCGGAGACUCUGGUUCUUCGUGUUCUUCUCCUAUGGUUCUGAAGCCGAUUCCGUUGGAUUUCGAUCAGUGUACGCCGGUUAAGGACCGGAAUGUGGCUCCGGCGAGGACCGGGAACACUCUGUUGCCGAUGUCGCCGAUGAUCAGAGGAAGAACUCCUGGGAAUUCAGCAAUUCGGAGCUCUUUUGGCGGCGGACUUUUGGCGAAGACGAUGGAUUCGAAAGGGGAAAGUCCUGCACUGCUGAGGAAAAGCUGCGUCGCUUCGGCAGGGAAGUUUCCGCGGAGCCGGAGCGUUUCCGAGCGGGAGCCGAGGAUCCCAAUUAGUCCCUUCUACUUAGCUGAAAAGAAAAGCUCAACUCCGCCGCCGAGAUUGCGGAAUUCGAGAGUCGCAGCUUCGCUAAACAUGUCUGCCGGAGAUGCCCAAAACUCCUCCAACUCAAAAACAAUUUUUUCUCAACCACAAUCUCAGUCUCUUUAUGAAACAUCUCCUGAUAAUGACAGCACAAGCCUUUCCAUGAACUUGCCUGGAAAACUCGUCAUUCUUGGGAAGGAAGCUGUACAACAACGAGAAACGGCUCAGAAGAUUGCCCUUCAAGCAUUAAGAGAAGCUACAGCAACUGAAACCUUAGUCCGAUCUCUCAAGAUGUUCUCAAACUUGAGCAAAAAUGCAAAGGCAGAAAACCCGGCACCCUGCUUCGAUAAGUUCGUCGAAUUCCAUCACCAAAUUGCGCAGGCAGUGACGGACAUGGUGUCAAUUGAAGCAGCUACCUCCACAACCGAAACCGCUCAAAACGCGGUCAGUAUUAAACGGAAGGACAUGGAAGAACAUCCAUCAUCCGUUUUACACGAAAUCUUGCCGAACUCCGCCAAAACUGAGCCAAAUUCAUCGAAAAGGAGGUCGGCACUGUGCAAAUCAGUCGCGGUCGGGGCUAAUUCUGAUAGGAGCGAGGAGAAGACGAACGUCGGAAGGCUCCUGAGAAGCAGUAGAAAAAAUCCUUUAACCCCACUUGGAAAAUCGGCCAUUGUUGAAGCUGUAGGUGAGAAUGAUGAGAAUAGUAAACCGGGGGGGUCUUGUUGUAAUACUAAAAGCGGAUUGAGCAAUACAAUUAAGUUGGGUAAGCAGAUUGAGACAGAAGCUGGGAUUUGGUUUAUGGAGUUUUUGGAGAAGGCGUUAGAAACGGGAAUGAAGAAACAACAGAGAGGAGAUGGGGAAGCUAAGAAAGUUGCUCAGUCGUUGAUACUAAAGGUUAUUAAUUGGGUGGAAAUGGAACAGUGUGAUAGUAGUAAGAGACCAGUACAUCCUAAAGCAGCUCAGAUAGCUAGGAAGUUGAGGAUCAAAAUGAAGAAUCCUUGAGAUGUCUGAUGUUACGUUGAUAAGCUACCUAGCUGUGCAUUAAGUUACUGAUU